AACUGGCUUUAAAACAAAUAAAAAGACCAACUCUCUGCCGUGUUGUCAAAAAGAAUUGUAUUAUGAGUCGUUGUCGGUAAUCCAGAAUAUUAGCAAAAAAAAUGUGAGGUUAUGAUGAAAUCAUACACGCAAUUUUAAAAAUUAUUAGACGACAUAGGAAAUGUUUAAAAUUCCUUAAAAUUUAAAGAAAAUUGGAAUAUUAUUAAUAAAAAGAAAUAUUUCACAAAUAAAAUAACAAAACAAACAUGUUGAAUGUGAUGAAAUGUUGUACAAAAGUUGCACAGAUUUCUAGUGUAAAACGCCAUGUCUUUCAAAGUACUACAACUUUAUUCCAUGCCUCGACCAGUCUACAACAGCCCAGCAAAAAGACAAAACUUGAACUUAAACGCCGCUUAAAGGCCGAACAGAAAGCCAAAGAAAAGGCCGAAAAGGAAGCUAAUAAAGUGGCUACUGCUCCCGCUGCUAGCGGUGAGGGUAAAAAGAAAUCUGCUGCAUCAGAGGAAGAAAUCUCUCCCAAUGAAUAUUUCAAAUUGCGUACAGCAGCUGUAGCUGAAUUGAAAAAAUCUCCCGAAACUGAUCCCUAUCCACACAAGUUUCAUGUCAGUAUUUCUUUAGAGAACUAUAUUAAUAAAUAUACUAAUCUUAAGGAUGGUGAAAUGUUGGAAAAUGAACAAUUAAGCAUUGCCGGACGUGUCCAUGCCAUACGUGAAUCUGGAGCUAAAUUGAUUUUCUACGAUUUACGUGGUGAAGGUGUUAAACUACAAGUUAUGGCCAAUGCAAAAUUGUAUAAAAGUGAAAAAGAUUUUGAAGUUGAUACUGGUAAAAUUAGACGUGGUGAUAUUAUUGGUAUUAAUGGCUUCCCAGCUAAAACUAAAAAGGGUGAAUUAUCCAUUGUUCCUAAAGAGAUCAAAUUAUUGUCACCCUGUUUGCAUAUGUUGCCACACUUGCACUUUGGCUUAAAGGAUAAAGAGACACGUUUCCGUCAACGUUAUUUGGAUUUAAUUUUGAACAAUAAAGUUCGUGAAACUUUCCAAAUUCGUGCCAAGAUCAUUUCAUACGUACGUCAAUUUUUGGAUCGCAUGGGUUUCCUUGAAAUCGAAACACCCAUGAUGAAUAUGAUUGCUGGAGGUGCUACUGCUAAACCAUUCAUUACUCAUCACAACGACUUAAAUAUGGAUCUAUAUAUGCGUAUUGCUCCUGAGUUGUAUCACAAAAUGUUGGUUGUCGGUGGUUUAGAUCGUGUUUACGAAAUUGGCAGACAAUUCCGUAAUGAAGGCAUCGAUUUGACACACAAUCCCGAAUUCACAACAUGUGAAUUCUAUAUGGCUUAUGCUGAUUAUCAUGAUCUAAUCGAAAUGACCGAACAAAUGGUAUCCGGCAUGGUAAAAGCUAUACAUGGUACCUAUAAAAUUAAAUAUCAUCCUGAAGGACCUGAGGGACCCGAAGAAGAAAUCGACUUUACGCCUCCCUUCAAAAGGGUUAGCAUGAUUAAGACGUUGGAAGAGAAAUUGAAUGUAAAAUUCCCUUCGGCCACUACGUUAAAUACCAAGGAGACCAAUGAAUUCUUGUCACAAUUGUGCAUUAAGCAUAAUGUUGAAUGCCCAGCACCAAGAACUACAGCACGUUUGUUGGACAAAUUGGUGGGUGAAUUUAUUGAGGAGACCUGUAUUAAUCCCACAUUUAUUUGUGAACAUCCACAAAUUAUGUCACCCUUGGCUAAAUAUCACCGUAGUGAACCCGGUCUUACCGAACGUUUUGAAUUGUUCGUUAUGAAGAAAGAGGUAUGCAAUGCCUAUACCGAAUUAAAUGAUCCCAUGGUGCAAAGAGAACGUUUCGAACAACAAGCCAGUGAUAAGGCAGCCGGUGAUGAUGAAGCUCAACUUGUAGAUGAAAACUUCUGUACAGCUUUGGAAUAUGGUUUGCCACCUACAGGUGGUUGGGGUAUGGGUAUUGAUCGAUUAACGAUGUUCCUUACAGAUGCCAAUAAUAUAAAGGAAGUUUUAUUAUUCCCCGCCAUGAAGCCUGACGAUCCCAAUCGUGCCCAUCCAGCAGAAUUGAAUAAUGCAGAAGAACAGAAACAAUAAAUAUUUUGUUGACAAACUUUAGCUGGUUACUAUUAGAAAUUACUUAAAUUUAUUAUUUAUUUAAAGUGUUUCUAUCCCUACUCCCCAAUCCUUCUCUAUAAGUUUUAUAAUUUAUUUGUCAAAGUUAAUUAUUCUGUUCUGUAUGAGUAAAUCAUGUUAAAUCGGGAAAAAAAUAACUGCAUUUUGUAAGUUUUUAAAAGAGAAACAAAUCAUAAAUGAACAAUAAAAUUGUGUUUCCAUAUGGGAAUAUACUCAAGGAUAAA